AUGCCACCCAAUACCGAAUCCGAGCCAACUAUUCCGCGUAAAAUCGUGACGGAGGAGGACCUUCAAGCGCGAUUAAAGCAAGGGCAAGCCGUGUUCGUGUUUGAAAACAAAGUUUACAAGGUCAAUCAUUUUCUGGACAAACAUCCGGGAGGCGACUUGGCCAUCCGACACGUCCUGGGAAGAGAUGUCACGGACGAAAUUCGGUCCAUGCAUCCGCCACGGGUCUACGAAAAGUUAAUUCACCGAUUCUACGUGGGCGACUAUGUGCCCAAUCUCACCCAUGUGAGACUAGCGAAGUCCAAAGAUCGACCGCUGUGGAGCGAAAGACAACGAUUGGAAGCUGAAUGGGGAACCAACUUUAGUGUACAAGCGUUCGAUGAUGCCAUUGGUCAACUGCAUGACCACCAUGCACGCGAUUUAGCUCAAGAUGCCAAGGACCAGGAAGGACUGGAUGCUGUCCUGAUUCGAGACGCUUUCAGGCGACUGGAACAAAGCAUCAAAGAUCGCGGUCUAUUUCAAUGUAAUUAUUAUCGAUACGGAAAAGAAUGCUGUCGUUAUGUGCUGUUUAUCUACCUUUCGUUGUGGCUGGCUUUCAGGGGCACCGCGACCUGGCAUUACUUGGCGAGCGCGGUGUUCAUGGCAGCAUUUUGGCAUCAACUCAUGUUCACGGCCCAUGAUGCGGGACACAACGAAAUUACGGGCAAAGUCGAAAUUGAUCACAUCAUUGGCGUGAUUAUUGCCAACUUUAUCGGUGGCAUGAGUAUAGGCUGGUGGAAAGAUAACCAUAACGUCCACCACAUCGUCACCAACGACCCCGAACACGACCCUGAUAUCCAACAUUUACCUUUCCUCGCCAUCACCACCAAAUUCUUUAGCAACAUUUAUUCCACUUAUUACAAAAAGGUGCUCAAGUUUGACGCUUUUGCUCGCUUCUUUGUCCGAUACCAACAUCAUCUCUACUACCUUAUUCUUUCCUUUGGUCGAUUCAACCUUCACCGCCUUUCCUUUAACCAUGUCUUGUUCGCCAGACACGUUCGCACCCGACGAUUGGAAUUGAUCGGAAUUAUGGUCUUUUUCAUCUGGUACAGCUAUUUCUUGUCGUACAUUCCUUCGUGGCCCUUGCGCGUCGCGUACCUCUUCAUUUCUUACAUGCUCACGUUCCCUCUUCACGUGCAAAUUACCCUGUCUCACUUUGGCAUGUCCACCGAAGACUUUGGGAAAGAUGACAGUUUCCCCGCCAAAAUGUUGCGAACGACCAUGGAUGUGGAUUGCCCGGAAUGGCUGGACUGGGUGCACGGCGGUUUGCAAUACCAGGCCGUGCAUCAUUUAUUCCCUCGUUUGCCAAGACAUAAUCUCCGCCAAUGUGUGCCAUUGGUUCGUCAAUUUUGUAAAGAAACCGGCCUGCGCUACUAUAUGUACAAUUUCUCCACGGGCAACGGUGUCGUUCUGGGCGCGCUGAAAUCCGUUGCCGAUCAAGUCGGUCUCAUGAACGAUGUCGCCAAAUACAAUGCCAAAGUGUGGCAUGGCGAUCUCAAAAAAAGCGAUUAA